AGCAAACAGAACGUCUUCGAAAAUGGUGGAAGCGUCUGCAGAUAGAAGCACUUUAGAAAAUGUAUGAUUUUAGUUCACUAAUUUAUUAUAUUUCCCUUGGAAUUUUAUGGUCACAACCACUCUGCAAAGGAGCAACACACUGGAUCGUUACGGAGGAUGGAAGAAUUCAACAACAGGUUGACUCCAUCUUCAAUCUCAAACGACCAUAUGACCUUGUCACCUUUAUUCAACAACAGACUGCAUCUGACAGGUUGAAGAUUUUACGAGAAGAGUAUCUAGAAGAAAAAAGAAAAUUGAUAGAGGCACGAGAGAAAGAGAGAAUAGAAAUGAAAAAAUCAUUUUACAAAGUGGAUCCAGACUGUGUUGAUGCAGGAAGACACAUUUCUGAGUUUGAGUUGCAUUUGGACAUGACUCUUCCAUUUUCCAAGAAAGGCAUCAACAUACCAGACCAUCUCAACCUUUGUGAGUCGCUGCCUUCAAAUGUUGAACCACCGAUCUGCCGUGCUGAUUUACCCACUGUUAUAUUCAGCUAUGACCAUCUUGAGGGUGUUAAUUGUCGACAUCAGCUGAAUGCCACCACAGAGACAACACUGUUGACAGCCUUGUCUUAUUUUAAAACUGUGGAAGAGUUGGGAGGUCAAGUGAGUUUGGCAUUACAAAAGAACUCCAGCUCUUGGGUUCUACUCAAUCUUGCUGCAUAUUACUGGAGAAUUAAAGGAAAUGCUCCACAAGCUGUUGAGUGUUUAAGACAGGCUUUGUAUUUCUCGCCCAGGGAACAUAAAGAUCGUGCGCUGAUGAGUCUUGCCGCAGUCCUUCACCAUGCAAACCACACCCUUGACUCGAUAGUUCUCCUUCACACUGCUAUGGACACUUGUGAGGAAUAUUCUGUCUAUCACUUCCUACUGGGAAAUCUCUACGCUUCUUUGAAACUGCAUGAAAUGGCUGAAUUGUGCUACAAGUUUACAAUGGUUGUAUCACCAGACACGGAAUUGCUGUGUGAGCGCUUGAAAUCGGUCAGAUGUGAGCUGAAACUGAAAGAGCUUUUACAGGAACGACAAUUAGUGUUUGAUGAGAGGUUGGAUAGCCUUACAACGCCUGAGCUGGAUGAACCGAAAGAAUCAAACAGUGAAGCAGCCGAAAAGAAACUCGCUCUUCCUCUAGAAACGUUUAAGCGGCAACUCAAUCGACUAUACCUGCUAACAGAGGGGCUGCCUAAGAACCCUGACGCCUGUAAGAGCAGAUCUGUUCCCGUCAACCAGGAAGUGCAUAUGUCUCCUGAACUUAAUAGUAAAGCAAAGCAACAUGCAAGUCAGGCGAAAACUUCAGAAGCUGGGAAGUCAACUCAUACUCAACAAGAUUCUAACCACGGAAAAGAAAAUGUUAGCACGGACCAGCAGGUUAAAUCACUAGAAAAAGAGAAGUCACCGAGUGAAGCUUUCAAGGGUUCCCCUGACUUUAGAACAAAUCUGAAAAACAGCGGCACAAAAGAUGAAAAAAGCGAGAAGUCGACGAGCAAAACGAGUGAAACGCUCGAAGCAACAAAUUCUCAGUCAGAUAAUUCUAAUGUUUCUGCGGAGGAGAAAAAUAUGGAUGAUCUUGAAGUGGCCCGACUCGCGUUGAGUCGCUUAAAGAACGUCAUCAAAACUGUCACACGUGUCAAUUCUGCAUCGCAAACUGUGGAUGUCGCUGAGGAUAAAGGAAAACAAGCCGAGAAGGAGAAGCAAACGGUGUCAAACAAACCGAUUUUAGAUGAAGGCUCGUCAAUAACACACGAGAAAAAAAGCGGUCUUAAAAAUGCUGAACUUAGGAAAGUAAACGCUGGUCGAAGAGGCGAGAGUGGAACAAAAGUGUUGAAGCGUGAAGCUGGUGUUGAAACUCGUAAUAACGAAGAUACCGCCAAAAGUGUUACUGUUGAAGAUGCUAAACUUGCCAAGCAAAAAGGAGAGUCUAUCUUAAUGAGUAAGAACGGGCCGGGAUCAAAUUUUGCUUCCAAAAACACAAGAGAAAUGGCCUCCGCUGAGUUACUGUUUGAGCAUCAACAAAUCAAAGCAACUCUUCCUACAGGUCCUAAACAUACACCACCUCUAAAAGAGAAAGAGUCUCUUGUCCAAGUGAAGAACUGUGAGAAUAUUGGAAGGAAGAAGCGCAAAGGCGAGGCGUUCACUGUGGAUUGCGUUACUCAAGAUACGAGCAAACAAGUACCGAGCUCGAGCAAGGAUAUUCCGCCAUUUGAUUCGGAUAGCGAAGCAGUUUCAAUGAAGCAAACUUCGAUAGAUGAAAUUUCAGCGACAACAUCGUCAGAUUCUGCCGCGAGCGAACGCACGUCAGAAGCGAAGGUACCUGAAGAAAGCCAAAAUAAACCUAAUUCUGCUGAAGAUGUUGUUAAAAGUGAAACCAGUGUAAAGAAAGGCGUCGAUAAACCGAGCACAUAUGAAAACAAAAACUCUGAAAUAAAGGCAGCUGAGGAUGUUUCCGCGAAAAGUAAAGCUAGCGAUGACAAACAACAUGAACAGGCGGCGACGAGUGGUAGUGAAAACCCUGAAACUAACGUACUUGAAAAUGGCGGAGGGAACAUUGCUGAAGCAAAUGCAGCAAAAAGUAAAUCCAGCGACAAAAAAUUUGACAACGCAAAUGAUCAUAUCGGGGCGACCACUGUUAUUACUGAAACUCCUGAAAAUUCUAGCGAUGGACGAGAAUCGGUUGUUUCAGCGUCUUCAAAAGUAAAUCAAGAACUGCCUACAGCGGAUUACAAAGCUCGCCAAGUACUGGACGCCAAAAAAGCGUCGCAGAAUAUCAAGGAACAAGUUAAAAAUGCAGAAUUUCUUCACAGUGUUGGCGCAGGUUCGAGUGUGUUUGAGACAAGCUUCAUGAACGUACAUACAGACGGUUCUCUUCAAGACCUGAGUGAUGAGGAGUGCAGGCAUAUUGAAGGCGUGGAGGCGCUUAUUGUCAGGAACAAACAGUUUAGUGCGUGGCUUUCACUGGACACGAAAAAUAUUGAUGUGCGGGCACAUAUCGACUUCUUAAGUGACGUGGACGAUUCUCCCAAGAGGCCCCGCUGUACUGCAAAGAUAAAGAACAACUUGCAUACGUUCAGCAGCCUGCAGGGCGUGGUUAAUGCUGCUAAUCUUGAUCAAGUGGCUGAAGCUGGUCUCACCCAGACGCUAUUGACAAUGGGAAGAACAAUUCAAGACAGUGUUGAUGAAAUGGGGACGCGUAUUUACACCGCUUUGAAAAAGAAUUCUUCAUCCUGGGUAUUGUUAAAUGUUGCUUCGCUUUACUGGAGAGUGCAAGGUGACACUGUGGAGGCCAUUAAGUGUUUACGGCAAGCUCUUUACCACUCUCCUUGGAAUGCUAGGGAUGUCGCUCAUGUCGGCCUUGCCAGUAUUCUGCUACGAGAAAGCCAGUUAGAUGACACUGCUGUAGUGAUUAAGAAGGCUUUAGAGAUUUCUCCCAGUCUCGCUCUUGGUCAUUUCAUUCUUGGCAAUGUUUUUGGAGCCCAGAACAAUAUUCCUGAGGCCAUCCAGCAUUACUUGCUGGCCCUACAGCUUGAACCAGGCUUCACUCCUGCCGUUGAACGGUUGAAGAUUAUUCAGUGCGUGUUGUGGAAGCAGCAGAAAGCUUUAGAAAAGGAAGCCGCUGACCUGAAGAAACUUCUCACUCCAAACUGAACUCCAGCUGGUCCUCGUCACCAGGGUCUUCUCCGUCACUUAAAGAUCACUCGAGAUCACUCAAGAUCGUAACUUAACAUCGGAGGAUCUGGCGUGGUAUUCUAGUGAAUAUGAUGUAUUAUUAAUAAUAGAUAUAUUUUGUUAAGGCUUUGUUAAGUCGCUUUGCUUGAAAAGCCUCUAAGACUAUAGAGACAAGUAUUGAAACGUGAACUUAAUUUCAAUCGUUUAAAAUGAGUGGAGGAAAAUUAGGAAAGAAUUAUUUUCCUUCAAAAAAGUUUUUUAUCAAUAUAGGAGCUAUUACAAAUGAAUUGCAAUUUCGCCGUCCCGCUGACGGAAAUUAACUUGGAUUUUGAUAUUCAGUAUUCUGUUGAACAUUCAAUAUUCUUUUUGUUUGUUCAGUUGUUAUAUCCCGUAAAGGAAAAAUAUGAAUUCUUAAUAUAUUAUUUUGGUAGACAGCAAAAGCUGUAUUGUUUUCGGAGAUUCGUUGUUUACAAUUUCGAAAAACGUCUACUCGUUAAGGUAUAUGGUAAUCUUGUUGGUAAACUGUAGUAAAUGGUACAUAGUGUCAAGCUGGUAGAGAAAAUUUUCAAGUUUUGGUAAAUUGGAGUAUAAAUUCUUUCUCAACUAGGCUUUCUACACAGUGAAUUAUAAGAACUAAAUUUAUAAGAAAUGUAUGGAAUUCAAUCAGGAGGAAAGACUUAUGGACGCAGAUUUUAUCGUAACUGUCGCCUGCAUCUAAGCGUAAACACGUUACGAAAAGUCCGUAAUCUAGCAUUGGAUAUUAAUUGCGGUAUGAAUCGUGACCAAUUACUUGAAGUAUGUUACGGACCAACAAGUUCAACAUAGUGGGUAUCCUUUAAUCGAACUGAGAAAGUGUUUUGAAAUGUAUAUGGACAAAACUUUAAAUCAAGA